GGAGGGCUUAGUUCUUGGCCUCCAUCAGAAGCAUUGAUCAGGCUCUGAGUCAGAGGUGUUAAUCAGUAACCAGCAGCUCACAGGCGGCCUUUAAAGUCCAGGAGAAGAGCAGCUGGAGCUUCAUUCUGCAGCAGCCCACGCACGCAUGGACUCCUUUAAAAUGCAGCGUUCUCCUCUGGUCCUCCUCCUCCUCCUCCUGUGCUGCUACCUCUCAGGAGGCCGAGCCAACCGCGUCUACAUCCACCCCUUCAAUCUCUUCGCCGCCGACAACGUCAGUUGCGAGACCCUCCAGAACCGCACCGCCAAGCCCGUGGACACCGUUUCUAAGGAUCCCGUCAACAUGGCGGUCCUGACGCCGGACGAGCGGGAUCCGUCCGAGCGGGACAACCGGACGCAGGACGUGACGCAGAGGACGGCGGUGUUGGCCGAGCUGUUGAACUCGCUGGGUCUGAGGAUGUACCAGGCGCUCAGCGGCAAGCGGCGAGGAGCCAACACGCUCUUCUCGCCAGUCAGCACCUACGGCUCCCUCGUCACCUUUGACCUGGGGGCGUCCAAGAAGACGGCCCGCUCCUUCCAGGAUCUUCUGGGCUUGAGCAGCGGCACCGACCGAGAAGAUUGCGUCUCCCUGGUGGACGGACGGAAGGUCCUGAAGACGCUUCACCGCAUCAACUCCCCGGUGGACGACGGGCCCGAAGACGAGAUCACUACCCAAGUGUGGCUCUUCACCCGGCCACACGUUCGCCUGUCCCAGGACGUGGUUCAGGGCGCCAGCGACUUCACCGACUCCUUUUUCGUCCGCGGCGUGGAAUUCUCCAAGGACGAGGAGCUGGAGCAGCUGAUCAACGCUUUUGUGGAGAAGACGUCCGGCGGGAAAGUGAAAGACGCCUUCGGAGAUGUGGACGUCAACUUCAACCUCCUGUUUGUCACGUCCUUCAACUUCCACGGCAACUGGAAGUCGACCUUCCGACCAGAGAAGACGUCCUUGCAGGAGUUUUUGGUAGACGAGACGACCACGGUGAUGACGCCAGUGAUGACCCACACUGGUCUCUACCACUACUACGAUGACAAGAUGAGACGCUGCACGGUGGUCAAACUGUCUCUGAGCAAGCACGCCUACAUGUUGGUGGUGCUUCCUCACGACGGCGCCAGCCUACACGACAUAGAAGCUAGGCUACGCACCGACGUCAUCUCCUCCUGGUACCGCAACCUCCACCAGGGGUUGUUGGAGUUGUCCCUGCCAAGGUUCUCCGCAUCUUCAGCGAACGACGUGCGUGAUCUCUUACGCAACAUGGAUCCAGAAGUGGAAUCCAGACUUUUGGGCUCGCAGGCUGAAUUCAGCCAACUGGCCAACACUCGAACCUUAAACAUCGAUAAGGCGGUCAACGUGGUGUCCUUUGAGAUGUCGGAGGAAGGAGCAGUGUCCCAGGACGAGGAGGAGGAGGCGGGCGUUGCUGUGAAAGUGUCCAUUAACAAACCUUUCUUCUUUUCUGUGAUGGAGGGAGAUUCUCACGCUAUGCUCAUGUUGGGAAAGAUCACCAACCCAACACUGUGAAGAAGAGUCCUCCACUUCUCACUCUUAGCAUCAUUGUCAGUAUUUAUGAAAAAGGUCUUUAUCAUUCUUCUUGUUGUCGUUGUCUUUGUCAACUGUCCUACAGCGUAUGUGUGUACUGUACAGUGUUUGUCCUCGUAGCUCUUACACGCUUUUCUCGUACAUUCCAACUAAAGACUUGAUUUUUGCUUUAUGACAACGAGCAGUUUCCGCAAUAAAACGUUUGUUCCGCAGUCAACCUAAA